AAGUGAGACAUAUUGAAUUGUUCGGCACGCCCUUAGCAAUUCUCUUAUCGGUGGUUGAAGUUUACACCAACCCAAACACCCACAAUCUCCGUACGGCCACACCUCUGAAUUUUGGCCAUGGAGUCUCCUGAAUUUUGUUCGGACUCCCAAGAUGGUGAAUCUGCGUUUUCAGAUGUUCCCUUCGCUCCUGAACCCCUGGUCUAUGCGGUUAUGGCUGCUUUCAGAGAAGACCCAAGUCCAUUGAAGCUGAAUCUGGGUAUUGGAGUUUAUAGAACAGAGGAGGGAAAACCCUUUGUUUUGAAUGUAGUUAGACGAGUAGAGCAGCUUCUAGUCAAUGACCUGUCCUUGGGUAAGGAAUAUCUUCCUAUAGCUGGCAUACCAGAAUUCAAUGAAUUGAGCUCUAACCUCAUUUUGGGUGCUGAGAGUAGCCCGGCUAUCAAAGAAAACAGAGUGACUACUGUCCAGUGCGUGGCUGGCUGUGGCUCCCUUAGAGUUGGAGCUGAGUUUUUGGCUAAACAUUACCACCAAAAGUCAGUAUAUAUACCUAAGCCUACCUAUUCAAACCACCCAAAUUUUUUCUCUUCGGUUGGUCUGGUUGUGAAGACGUAUCGCUACUACGAUCUAGCAACGCAUGGGCUGGACUUUCAAGGCUUGUUGGAAGACCUCUCUUUUGCACCCCCUGGAUCUAUUGUGCUUCUCCAAGCAUGUGGUCAUAAUCCAACUGGUGUUGAUCCUACAAUUCAGGAGUGGGAACAAAUAAGACAGUUCAUAAGAUCUAAGGGGUUGUUACCAUUUUUUGAUUCGGCUUAUCAGGGUUUAGUUAGUGGAAACUUGGAUGCCGAUGCACAAUCCGUACGAUUAUUUGUUACUGAUGGCGGUGAGAGCCUUAUAGCUCAGUCCUAUUCAAAGAAUAUGGCACUAUAUGGGGAACGUGUUGGUGCCCUUCUCAUUGUUUGCAAGACAGCUGAAGUGGCUAUCGAGGUUGAGAGCCAGCUGAAACUUGUGAUAAGACCCAUGUAUUCUAAUCCACCUAUCCAUGGGGCUUCCAUGGUGACGGCUAUCCUAAAGGACAGGGAGAUGUAUAACGAGUGGACUAGCGACUUGAAGAAAAUGAAUGAUCGCCUUAUUAAUAUUCGACAAAAACUUGUUAAUACUUUAUGUGAUAAAGGCACACCUGGUGAUUGGAGUCACAUAAUCAGGCAGGUGGGAAUGUAUUCUCUCUCAGGAUUAAGCCAAGAUCAAAUUGCCUUCAUAACUAAAGAAUACCACGUCUACAUGUCAUCUGAUGGGAGAAUCAGCAUGGCUGGUUUGAGCUCAAGGACAGUACCUCAUUUGGUGGAAGCAAUUCACGCUGCUGUUACUCGUGUCAUCUAAAUUAUCUACCUCUGCUGCACACCAUUCCUGUCUUUGGAUUUCUCUUCUCUAUAUUUAGAGAAAAAAAAUAAAUACCCAAAACAACAGGGGAGGCAAAACUGGAAGAAAGGAAGGAAGUAAGGGAGGCCCCUUUCAGAUAAGGAAUAGAAAAGAAGAGGAAUCCACAAUCACUUUUAAGAAGCCAAAAUUUUAUCUUUCUUGCCUGUGCUUGAGAAUACAGGUCUAAAAGUCAGUUUUGAAAGUUGUAUGGUAGGCUCAAAAUUUCUUUUAUUCAUGGGUUAAGAUGAAUUAUACAUAUUUGUUUCUUAGAUCCCAAGAAACCUCACACUCAUCGAGGGUGAACACCCAACUAGUUGUAGAGAGAUUACCUCCUACACUGGAUAUUCAACCAGUGUUGGAACAUCCUUCAAGUAUCUUUGGAAACUUUGAAUAUUGGAGAUAUAGAUCUUUGGUCUUUUUGAGGUAUCCAAAAACGCUCCGUGACCUUCCAAUAUUUGAUACUUGGAUUGUUAGUAAACAUACUUAGUCUACUAACUGUAAAUGCAAUAUCUGCUUUUGUACAAUGUGCGAUAUACAUUAAACUCCUUAUUGCACUUUCGUAUUCUAAUUGAGCCACUGCUUUACCUUUAUUAUUUUCAAGCUUUUGGCUUGAAACAAAGGGCAUGUAUGUCUCUUUGAUAUUAAGAUGACCAAAUUUGUUAA